AUGGGCGACUGUUCUGACAUGUCCUCCUAUCUGAGCCGCUGUCACUCGUGUAGGGUGGAGAGCGGAUGCUGGAUGAUGUACGAUAAUCCCAACUACAUGGGAAACCAGUAUUUCUUUAAGAGGGGCGAGUACGCUGACUACAUGUCUAUGUUUGGAAUGAGCAACUGGACCAGAUCCUGCCGCAUGAUCCCAAUGCACAGGGGAUCCUAUAGAAUGAAGAUCUAUGAGAGGGAGAACUUUGGAGGACAGAUGCAUGAGAUGAUGGAUGACUGUGACUCCUGCAUGGACCGCUACCGCAUGUCUCACUGUCAGUCCUGUCAUGUGAUGGACGGUCACUGGCUCAUGUAUGAGCAGCCCCACUACAGAGGCAGAAUGUCGUGUUCAGACCUGGAGAGUACAGGAACUUCAGCAAUAUGGGUGGCAAUAGAUUCAUGA